CUCUAGCAAACUCUUACGAUUGCCAAUCUCUGCCCCAGACCAUGGCAGAAGCGAUGUCAAAGAAACAUUUUUUCAUGGUUCGCAUUUCCCGUUCCCAUAUCAUAUAAGCCAGAAGAAAAUUGUUCUCAGUAUGUGUUUCGCGGUGCUUUGAAAUCCACAGUGUAUCUAUGUGACUGACCUCGCUGUAAGAAAGCCCUUUGUGAGGUCAUCACGUCACUCUUGCCAAAGCUGCACAGAUGGAGACAUGCAGGCUUUUAAAAACCCUUGAGAAGACACCAUGCCUCACUUUGCAAACCCUCUUUUAAGAAACAUCAUUACCAGAAAUCCAUUCGAUAACAUCAAGAGGAAGCGAUGCCUCCAAUAUUUGAAAACGCUGAAAACACUGCAAAAUGAUGGAUUUAAGACCAUAUAUUUUGGAGAAACCAAUAUUGCCGAGAGUCUUGUCACCGGAGAAGAUUUCAGUGACGGGUGUUUCAUGCAAACUCCAACUUGGUGUAUCGUGCAUGCUGGUGGUAGUCAAGGAUGGGUGCCUUGGAAGUACCGGACGUUCCUUAGAGAUGAGGUAUGCAUCAAACAGGAAGACAGCCUCUUCUCUGAGUUCUGUGAUGUGGCGAGGAAGGCCUACGGGAAGUGCGCCAUUGUGGUCAAAGAGAGAAGGCAGCAAGACAAGAAGAAGCCAGAGGAAGACAAAGAGCCAGAGGCCCAGAUCCAUGCCCCAUCGGUCAUUAACCUAACGAGCCUUGUGUGUUGCCCGGAGGUAGCCAAGUCCUGUGGCCACGAACUACUCUCUCUGCCUUCCCUUUACAAUUACCUAAACCCUUUAGACUCAGCCUGGUCUUCUUUGAAAUGGUUUAUCAUCAAUAACAGAAAGGAGUUCUGCUUUCAGUACAUUGACAGUGUCUAUUCUUACCAGUACAUACUUGUCAGAGAUUUAAUUAGCAAAGGGAUUGAAAGGAUAAACCCAAGCAAAUGGAAAACCCUAACCAACAAAGUGCGGAGAUGGGAAAACUACUAUCUUGGUAAAUUUUCUUAAGGGUGAUUCCUCUAACAAGCGGUUGGGACCACGCUACGGGCAGUCGUUACCAACUCUGCUGGGCUCGACUCUGGACCACUGCAGCCAAAGAUACUUCAACAACGACCUCACAGGGAUGCUGUGAGGACUGAGGUUUCUAAGAGCGUUGGCAAAGUGCUGUAGGUUUACUGGAGGUUCCAUUAAAGCUUGUUGGUGAAUUAGGGA